UUUGUCUGUUAUCAGUUACUUAUUAGACUUCAUUUGAAUACAAUCAAUUAGUUUGGAAUUUGUUUGAAUAACAUCGAUUGAGAUGAUAAAAAUUCUCUGUAUUAUUUUAUUUGUGCAGUUUUGUGCCAACACUGUUUCAUCGCAAAAGAUUGUCGGUUGCUACUGGGGCUCAUGGACAUCAAUCAGUCAAAUCGACGUAACUCUCUGUACUCAUGCAUAUUAUGCAUUCUACAUACCUGAUUCUAAUGGUGGACUUAAGGAUUCCGGUUUGGUGUCUGAGUUUCUUGCCUUAAAAUCAAAAAAUCCAUCUGUAAAACUAUUUGCUUCAAUCGGUGGCUAUAAUGCUGGCACAUCCGCAUUUACUGCUAUUGCUGCAAGCUCAUCAUUGACAUCAACUUUUGUCAGUAACUGUUUGGCUUUGACUGCUCUUGGAUUUGAUGGAAUUGAUCUUGAUUGGGAGUAUCCAGCACCAUCUGAAAAAACAACUUUUGUGAAUUUUCUCGGCACUUUAAAAACAGCCUUGAAUAACAAAGGAAAAAUAUUAGCUGCUGCAGUUUCUUCAGGGUCGUGGCAAAUGGGUGAAUCUUACAGUAUUUCAAGUGUCUGUCAAAAUUUGGAUUUAGUGAACCUUAUGACUUAUGACAUGCAGUGGCCAUACACAACGACAGGACCUAAUGCUGGUUACAGUCAAGUUGAUAAUGCUGCUGCUGCUUGGAUUAAUGGAGGCUGUUCUGCUAGUAAACUUGUUCUUGGACUCGCUUCUUAUGGAUAUAACUUUGGAUUAACAAGUUCAUCUAGCAAUGGAGUUGGAGCAUCAGCUACUGGAGCAUCGGCUAUACCUUACCGAACAAUCUGCACAAAAAUAAAGUCAGGUGGUUGGACUACAUUAAGAACUGACCAAACACCUUAUUCGUAUCUGGGUACUGAAUGGAUCAGUUAUGAUGACGUCACAUCAAUUUCUGCUAAAAUGAAUAUUAUUUCUGCAAGAAGUCUACCUGGAGCCUUUUUCUGGAGCACUGAACAGGAUGAUUAUGAUAAUUCUUGUGGAACUGGAACUUAUCCAUUAAUAAGAGCAGUUGUAAACGCUUUGGGUGGGCCAUCGGUUCCAGUAGCCACAACAACUACAAAAAUGGCCGCAACAACCACAAAAGCUGCUGCAACAACCACAAAAGCUGCUGCAACAACCACGACAACAAAAGCUGCAGUUGUAACAACUACAACAACCAAACCAUUAGUAAUAACGACAACCCAAGCAGUCACAACGACAUUAGCUGGUCAAUUAGCUUGCUCAACUGAUGGAUUUUAUGCAUAUCCCGGAAAUUGUAAGAUAUUCUAUAGAUGUGUAUUCGGAAAUGUUUACAUAUUCUCAUGUCCAUCUGGAACUGGAUGGAAUCAAGCUAUGAUGACAUGUGAUUUGAAAACAAACAUUCCUGGAUGCUUUUAACAGCUUGCAUUUAUAUCAAGGGCAAUUUUAUACACUCAGUUGAAUUAGACGUCACUUGUGGAUUUCACCUUUGUUAAUUUUCAUUUUAUAAAUUUUUUAAAAAUAAAUUUUUGUUCCAAAAAAAUAA